AUGAACGUGGAGGAGAAAUACAAACUAGUUAAGGAAAAAUAUAAAGAGAUAAAGGAGCAAAAUGACAUCCUCAAAAAGGCCAUAGUGGAAUACAAAAAGGACAUUAAGCAGCUGGAAAGAAAUAAUGAGGAACAGAAAGACAAAAUUAGCCGCAUGGCGGAUGAGAACAACGACUUGUUGAGUAGCAACAGCCAGCUGUCCAGCAAGGUGGCGCAGCUGGCGAGUUCCCUGGAGGACAAGAAGAAGGGCAACUCCGGGUGGCGCAACUUAAUGCUGCUCCCAAAAAACUCACGGGAAAACAUCCAGGAGUCCGUCGCGUUCGAGGAGCUCGAAAAUAAGAUAAAGGAAAAUGAGAUGCUACACAAAAGAGUGGAGGACCUGCAGAAUGAGAAUAAAAAGAUAGAGAAGGAGCUGGACGAAUGUAGGACCCUCCACAAGGAGAAAAUAAACGAACGAGAAAGAACCAUUGACAGUCUGAACGAAGUUAUUAGCAACUCCAGCAAAAGUGUCAUCAGGUUGGAGCGCGAAAGAGACGAAAUCAGGCAACAGGUCGAAGCGGAGAAAGCAAAUUUUGCCCAUCUCAUAGAAAAAAAAAAUGAAUGCAUAACGAAAAUGGAGAGAAGCUACAAAGCUAUGAGGAGAAAAUGCUAUCCAAGGUACAAAGUCAAUUUUAAUAGAAUCCCUUUUUCGGCGAGGCCCGACCAUUAUGAUGGUUACCUGCAGCGCCAAAUCAACGAGCAGUGCCUACUAUUCCAGAGCCACAUCCUAAAGGCAAUACAAAAGUUGCAAGCGUACCUCCUCAGCUGCAAGAAUACCUUUGCGUCUCAAGCGAAGCAGUUAAUUGAUGUUUGCCAAAAAUUGGAGGGAGAACAGAGGGAUGACCAGUUUGACUAUUCUAGGGUUGCGGACCUGAAGAGGAUUUCCCAAAAGGAAGUCAGCUGCCUGGAGGAAGCGAUCAGUCUGUUAGACGACCUCGGGACGUGGCUGCGUGGGAGCCAAGACAAGGUGCACGCGCAGGCCCUCCUGCGCAACCUAUCCACCGCCAUAAAAAAGACGUUCCUAAACGUGAUCAUCUACCUGUGUGUCGAAGAAUACCUCUUCCCAACGGACACGACAGCGAAAUCCUUUUCACUGAAAAAUGUCGCUCGAGAGUUGAGGUGUUUGAAGAGACUCCUUCUCAAAGCCGUCCACUUUUUCACCUUCAUCUUGUUUGUAACUCCAUACGAAAAUGAAAAGAUUGUGGAAGAGCAUUUUAAGAAGAGAAAUCCCGUUAAGUGGGUCGACGGAGCUGCAAAGGAAAAGAACGCAAAAAAGACAGAGCAGUACCGUGUGGAGGCGAACUACGAAGAGGUAGACACGAGUCUGCCAAGCAGUGAAGAUGACACUGUGAAGAGGGACCAAAUGCCAAAGGGGAGAGAAAUCCAUUUUAAAGAAUUGCUCGAGGAGAGAGAAAAAAACUCCCUCGCAACAUAUGAACAUUUAAAAAACUGCUCAGAAAAAAAUAAAAAAUUAGUUACCUUCUUGGGGAGAAAAUUCCACAGCCUGUUAGAAGACUUAGGUCAAGCCUUCACAUUUUUAAGGUCCUACUGUUCAUUUCGCAUUUUCGAGAUGAAAGGAUCUGAAGUUCUUCACGUAGACAACUCCAGGGUGAUGAGCGAAAUGUUAGAUGCAACAGAAUCGCUCAUCAGUUAUCUUGAAACAUUCGAUGCGGUGGAAAAGAAGAUGCUCCCCUUGACUGCGUUCCUGUCUUACCAAAGAUUUAACACUCGAAUGGCGUUCGAAGAGGAAAGAAGUUGCCUAGACAGGAUCAACGAGGCGUUCUGUCAAACCAGGCAUAUCCCCUACGCCGUGCUGGAGCGCAGCUUCGGGAACCUCCAAAUGUGCAAGAGGGACAAGGACCAGCUGAACAAGGCGCUUCAGCGAAAAACCAAGUUGAUCAAAAAGUUGAAGCGAAGUAACAACCAGGCCCUCGGCGAACUUAAGGACGUACUGCUGACCAACAAAGAACUGACCCUCAACAACCAGUGCCUGGCCAACUGCCUGCCCAACCGCCUGCCCAACUGCCUUCCCCCAAAACGGGAGGCCGUCAACCACGUGGGGGAAGACGCCACCGAGGAGGGCAUCCAGCAUUACGCGGAAAAGGUCUUUAACUUUGUCACGUGCAGCAACGGAGACAAGCCAGGGUUAACUGUUCACGAGAAACAGCUCAUCGAAGCGUACGUCUGUUCCUGCAUACGUAUAAAGAACUUGCACAUGGAAAUACGCAAGCACGUGGAGGUUCUGGAAAGCCUACAAAACGGGUUCAGCGUUAAGGAGGGCGAAAUACAAAAACUGAAUCUCCAAAUAGAGGCGUACAAGGAGGAAGAGAUAAAUAUUCACAAAAAAUACGAAGAGCAGAUGAAUACCCUGCACGAUUUAAUCGUCACCCUGGAAAAGCAGUUAUCCAAGCUGAACGCUGAAAAGAACGUCAACAAGUUUUUCAUCCUCUGCUCCAUUUGCGGCAGCAAAAAUAGCAUCGGCACCAUUCUGAAAAACCGCAAGUGCCUCAAGUGCUGCUCGAUAAUUAUUUUCUUCCAGUGA